GUUACUUUUCCCGUCAUAUCUGAAUCAACAACCAUAACAUUUAAACGGCUGCCACGGCCUGUUUUGGUCGUCAAAGAAAUUUCCUCAGGUACUGCAAGCCAGAUGUUGAGGGCUCUUGGACAGAUAUGGAAACUAUUCGCCUUUUGCCUUAUAGCUGCCGCAUGGUCGGAAAUCAUAAUUUGGUUCUUUGUAAGUAGUUCAUUACUAACGAAAAUACUUCCAUUAUUUGGAGAGAACACUAGUCAUUAAAAAAAUGCUUUAACUAUUGCGAUCACGUUACCUUUCAUUUUUUAUGAAAAAGUUCAAACCGCGGUUCUACAUUUGAUAGGGGAAAUGAUGGCAAACAGUCAUUGUACACAUCAAUAAUGACGAUAGUCAAUAGUGCCAUGAACUACCACAGUUCAACAAUUUUGUCGCCAUGCUUCCAUUCAGCAUGACAUUCGUUUGGUGUUAUUGGGUUGGAACGGUUAAAUGCUAAUAUUUUUUGUUUAUAGGAUCACAAAGCAAACUCCGGACAUUUCCCUCCAUCAUUUUGGAUCGGCAUACGUGAAGGCUUAUGGUGGGCCAUUGUUACCGCGACAACCACGGGGUAAGUACUUUUAUAUAUUUGUUUCGGGUAGCAGGAUCUUGAAAGAGGAGUUAUUGUUUCUAUAGCAGAAACCUUUAAGAUAAAUUUUUUCAUCAUCAACAGUCAAGAAAUUAAUAUUUAUCAUUUUAUAACAGUCAACCACCUACGUACUGCAGUCCACUCGUGCUUUUAGCGCUUCUAAUAUUUCAGCUGCGAAAAUUAUCCCACUGAAAUCAAUUUGAUGUAGCACUAAAUUGCUAUCGAUGUCAUAUACUGAUUAUAAUAAAUUAGCUCGCCCGGAAACGUAAAUUGAAGCCAAAGCAUGCAUAUUCUUCACCCUUUUGAGUGAAAUUUGCAUGAUACAUUUGGCACGUUUUCCAAUUAUACUUUAGUAAUUACGGCGACAAGACUCCAUAAUCAAUCUGUAAUUGCUAGAGCGGCGCUUCACUUUACUAUAAAUAUUUGCUACGUGCAAAUAUUUUGACAGUGGUGUGCAAACGGUUACCUCGUGGGAAGGAUGCAACCCAUAAGACUUUGUAAACUUGAAUUCGACAGCCAUUUUGGCGCUUGCGUAGCCUCGACAAUGCCUCAUAUGUACACCCAAAAAAUAGCAAUAAUUUUCGAUCACAUAUUUAAGAGCCAUAAUGGCUUUUCAUCACCGUCGAUUAAUUAGGCCUGGGAAAAAAAUAAGGCCGAAUUUUUUGCGUUCGAGAACUUUACUUUACAAAAUCUUGUCAACAAAUCUGAGUGCUCGUAAACCAACCUUUCAUACCAUUUAUAUUUCACAUCUGAGGUGAAACAGUACUAUGAGGCACUGUUUUUAUCAUACAGACCUCGGACAGAAUGCAGUAUUUCACAAUUUUGCAAUACAAACUGCACUCAUUCAAUAUUCAGGACGAUCGAGGCAGGCGUGGGCUUUUAACUAAACCGUUAAACAUCUGUGGCCAUUUCGGAGUUGCGUAGGGAACUGGGGCGAGUUUCAAAUUUAAACUAAUCGAUAAACUGACACCACCAUAUAAAAGGUCAUGUUGAGAUUGGUCAUUUGACCAAGUUUGGCGCUCUAAGGUUGAACAGGGAUCAAGUUAUGACUCUUGAAACAUGUUUAAAGAUCCAUACAAACCUCUGUAAUUUGGUGACAGCGUCCCCCAAAACCAUAUAAACUCUUAUUUUUUUUCACGAUUUCUGUGAUAUUCCUAAAAAUGGGCAAACACAGUGAUUUUCGAAUUAGUUCCUUUCAAGUAGAAGAUGCAUGACGAAUUUUACAGUUUAAAAGAAAAACUGAAAAAUUUUAAAGGGUUUAUAUGGUUUUGGGGGACGCUGUCACAAAAUUAUAGACGUUUGUAUGGAUCUUUAACCAUGUUUCAAGAGUCAUAACUUGAUCCCUGUUCAACCUUAGAGCACGAAACUUGGUCAAAUGACCAAUCUCAACAUGACCUUUUAUAUGGUGGCGUAAGUUUGUCGAUUUGUUUAAAUUUGAAACUCGCCCCAGUUCCCCACACAACUCCGAAAUGGCCAAUAUACGGCCAGCCGGUUCUCAUUUUGCAGUGCGAGCUGUGGUCGAGUGUUUGAUUGAACAUUAAUAGAGUUACGCUCCAACAUAAUAAGGAGUUUAUUAUGUUUAUUUUCAUUUAAUGGUUUUAUCGAUGUGUAAUCUUUAAAAGCGUUUGAUACGCGCGGCAUUUUGAGUACUCCUGGAAAAAAAAAAACGGCACAGCAAUUAAAAUUAAAAGAGAGACAACUAACAAUCAAUUAAAGAAAUAUAAUUCGGUGAAACAUCUUCAGAAACAACAAUUUUUAUUCACGAAGACAAGCAUUAAAGUGUCUCUAAGCUUGAGCUUGAGUCUUCAAGCUUAAAGCUUAAGUUUAUGUUUUAAUUAAGCCUGCUUCCCGGUGUUUGCCGUUUUCAAAGAUGAACUCGCGGAUCGAGGCAAGAAAAUCGCUCAAAGCUUUCUUUUACAGCCAGAAUUAUAGCUAAAUAUUCUUUGGAACGUUUUCUUUCAUUUGUGGUUAGCUAAUGUCUAAAGGCUUCUUAAAGCUCUGUAAGCUUAUUAAAUCAAACCUGAUACUCAAACCUAUAUAUGCUCAGUCAGAUCAUUUUCUCAAAUCUUACAAACGUGCAUCGACUAAAUAGCCGCAUAAACUACGCUCGACUUCAUUAAAUUAGAUAUAAAAAACAAACAUCAAAUACAAUAAUUACUCAGGCUUACCAUUGAAGAUGCAGCUCCCGAAAAGUAUCAAGUAAGGCCAGCAUCGCUUCAGACUUUUCAACCCUCUUACGCAUCAAGCAAGGUCAAAAACGAAAACGGUGCCAUCCGAAAUCGGAUUUCCGACUUUGACAAGUGACGUAUUUCUCAACAAAAAACCCAGUAAACAAACUAGCCAUGAAUAACAGAAGUCUCCUGAUAUCAGCUGAAUUUCAUUUUGUACAUCCAGUGGAAAAAGACACUUAAAAACAUCACAAGUUGACACAAAACUCAGUAAAGUAAACAAGAUUCAAGAUGCUGCAUAAAUUUUCAGCAUGAACUCACCCGUCAAAUUUUGACCAAUCAGAGCUUAAAAAUUGGGCGUAGAGCGUGACUAACGAGUGACCACUGUGAGCAAAGUCAAGAGCAACUGCGAGGCUGAAUUUUCGCGUCCGAGGUCAGUUUAAAAUCAAAAUGUUAAUUGUGCGGCACAUACACACAGCAUAUUUCGUAUGAAUUUUUUUUAAAAAAUUAAGCUUGAGCCUGCGAUCAUUUGAAGACUAGUGACUUGUCGGCGGAUAACUUCAAAAAAUACUUGACCUCGAUGGGUCGACACGUGAGCCCGCGAUAUGGUUAGGUUAUACUGGUCAGCGAAUACCCUGUUUUGACAGCUGUCAAUUGAUUACAACAUUGAUGUCCAAUAUGAGUGCAUUAUCAGUUUUCCCGUGCUCCCAAACUAGCUAGAAAGUAUGAGAUUGAACAUUGAUCGCGAUCUAAUAAAACAAUUAACUGGUCAGCGGGCAGCUUCCAAAUAAAUCACGUCACCUCGAUGAGUUGACAAACGAGCCCGCAAUAUGAUCAUGUGAUACUUACUGGUCAGUGGCUAUCCUGUUUUGGCAGUGGUCAAUUGACCACAUUGUAAAUGUCCAAUAUAAAAGAUGUGGAUUUGCCAAGACACGCCUGAGACACCCCUCCCUUCCUUUUGAUAGUCUCCCCUACCACACCCGUACAAUCUGUAGACGCGAACGCUCGAUCAGUCACGUGACAACCAAACGAAAAGAGGUUGACCAUAUUCUACGAGUAUGGGACUCUGUCCCACGCGCGCUAUGACUGGUCGUAGCAACUACUGAUCCGUGACAGAGCCCUUCGAUAUCGUAGAAAAAUGGGCAAAAGUUAUUGAAUAUUACAGUUAUUGUUGUAGUGUUUCGGAAAAUAAAACCGUUCGAAGCAUAAACCUUAUUUAAAAGGGGCGCAAUUUAUACACACUGAGAAAACACCUGACAUCAGUGGUUCCCCGCAAAAUGAUGACUGUGAUACGACUGCAGAAUGCCAUACUGAUGACGUAUCGCUACCCAGACAUGGGUUGUUCUUCUGAUUGGUUGAAGCAAAUUUCCCUUGCUGCACGACCAAUUGGAAGCACUACCUAGAUCUUGUUAGUGACACGUCAUCAGUAUGGCAUUAGUCUGCAGUCUUUUAUCGGACGUCAUUUUGCGGGGAAACCAGUCUUAACGUGGCGAAAUGACCGCUAUUUUCGUAGCUAGGGCAAAUAUAAUUCUCUGAAUGUUUUGUACGUACAUUUUCGGUAUUACCACAUCUUUUAUUGAUGUCUUGUUAUUCUAAAUAUCAAAAGGGAAAAGUUUGAUACUUUUCAAGAUGGAAUUGAACAGUUUACACUACUAUAAAAAGAUAUUUGGCAAUCAAUGAAUGAGGCUGAGUAGGAUAUUUAACAGUUAAUGAGUGAGGCUGAGUAUCUUAUGAAGAAUUAUGGAGAUGGAGGAGGGUGUUAUUCGUCGAGGCCGUAGGCCGAGGCGGAUAACACCCUCCGAGAUCUCCAUAAUUCUUCAUAUGAUACGAAAGCCGAAUUCAAUAACUGUUUUAUUUUUCAUUCAAAAUAAUUCCCAGUUUAAAAACAUAGCUAAAACACCUCCAUCGAUCCAUCGAAGUUCAGUUCAUCUUCGAUAUUGUACGUUUAGGUUUGUCCAGCUCCGCAAAUAUUCUCCAAAUAGCAGAUGUCGCUCUUCGAGUUGUCUUCUUGCUGUUCUUGCCAUGUUUGUAGCUAUUUUUUCGCCUAGUUCUUACUCUUGAAACUAGUGAAAUGUCCGCCAUUUUUUCAAGUUCACAACCAAAACAACUCAACCUCGUCCCCAGGUCUUCUCGGUUAACGGUGCCUUAACCUGCGAAAACGCUGCAUUUUUGACGUCAUUUCCUUGUUAAAGUCGAAAUUCUUCCAAAUUUGGUCAUCAGUAACUGGUUAUGGUGAAUUAAUUGAAUGAAUAAUAAUAACAAUUAAUGAAUGAGGCUGAGUAUCUUAUGAAGAAUUAUGGAGAUCGAGGAGGGUGUUACGGCCGAGAGGGAUAACACCCUCCAAGAUCUCCAUAAUUCUUCAUAUGAUACGAAAGCCUCAUUCAUUAAUUGUUUUAUUAUUCAUUCAAAAUAAUUCCUAAUUUAAAAACAUGGCUAAAACAUGCUUACCUCCAUCGAUCGAUCCAUCGAUGUUAAGUUCAUCUUCGACAGUGCACGUUUAGGGUUGUUCAGCUCCGCAAAUAUUCUCCAAACAGCAGAUGUCGCCCCUCGAGUUGUCUUUUUGCUGUUCUUGCCAUGUUUUUAGCUAUUUUUUCGCCUAGUUCUUACUCUUGAAACUAGUGAAAUGUCCGCCUUUUUCAAGUUCACAGCGAAACAACUCAACUUCGUCCCCAGUCUUCUCGAUUAACGGUGCAUUAACCUGCAAGAACGCUGCAUUUUUGACGUCAUUUCCUCGCUAAACACAAGAUUCUUCCAAAUUUGGUCAUCAGUAACUGGUUAUGGUGAAUUAAACGUGUGCUUUUAGCCAAUCAGAAUCGGGGAAAUACUUUAAAUGAAUACUAAAAAGAAUUAAGCAGAUCGAGGAGGGUGUUAUCCACCUCGGCCUUCGGCCUCCAUGGAUAACACCCUCCGAGAUCUGCUUAAUUCUUCAAAUCCUACGAAAGCCCAAUUCAUUAAUUGUUUUAUUAUCCAUUCAAAAUAAUUCCUAGUUUAAAAACAUAGCCAAAACAUGAUUACCUGCAUCGAUGUUAAGUUCAUCUUCGAUAGUGUACGUUUAGGUUUGUCCAGCUCCGCAAAUAUUCUCCAAAUAGCGGAUGUCGCCCUCAGAGUUGUCUUCUUGUUGUUUUUGCUAUGUUUUUAGCCAUUAUUUCGCCUAGUUCCAGCUGUAGUUCUUACUCUUGAAACGAGUGAAGUGACCGCCAUUUUAGUUUUCACAACGAAAACAACUCAACCUCGUCCCCAGGUCUUCUCGGUUAACGGUGCAUUAACCUGUAGAAGGCUGUAUUUUUGACGACAUUUCCUCGUUAAACACAAAAUUCUUCCAAAUUUGGUCAUCAGUAACUGGUUAAGGUGAAUUAUGCGUGUGCUUUUAGCCAAUCAGAAUUGGGGAAAUAUAUAUUUUGAAUGAAUAAUAAUUUAAAUUAAUCUUGCGUCAUUUCAGAAACAGAAGAGACAUGUAAGUGCUGAUCCAUUCAGCCAGCCACACAUGGCAUAGUGCAUAAAAUAUCCUAUUGUUCACUGAAAUAAAUUUAUCGUAAUUACUCGCAUUCAAAUUACACUGCUUUAGUGGAUACUGCCGGAUUAUCACGUCCGUGUUCUCAACUGAAAUUCAGCCUCAGUUUAUAAACCCAAAACAUAUGAUGUUAUUCGAAUUUUCGUAUUUUUCCACUCUCCCCUAAUAGGUUUUUAUUAAUAAGAGUUAAAGGAGUGUCUUGACGUACAUACCAGGUACCAGAUAAUCAUUCCAGCCAACACGGCGUUUAAAAAACUGAUCACUACUAUUGUCCACACGUCCUUCAGAAAGUAGAGAGUUUCAUUUGACGACGAAGCGUUUCCAUGGUUGACUUUCAAAACUGCGGGGCCUGCGAGAAUCAAACAGUCCGAGAAAUCUUCUUUCAAACGGUUCACCAUCUCCUCGUUUGGCAAAAAUCGGAAAAUAUACUCUUGGUUCGUCGGGUGCUGUAUGGCGGAUCAGGAUCUCCAUCUCGCAAGAGCUGUUGAUAUCUACUUUUUAAUGAAUGAUCUCCAAAUUUGGACAGCAGAUAUAUAUCGAUAUUAAGCACUUUUCUCAUGUAAUGUAUAAGAUUCCCUUCAAGAGCGUUGCUUGAUGAGUUGUAGUGGGUGAAUGGGUGGAAUUCAUGCCAACGCAGAGUAAUUUUGCCAAACGAUGGACAGAAAUAUGUGCUGCCAUUGUUCCUAUAUGUGCUCACGCCAACUAUUUCUUUAAAGUUGCAAACAUUUUGUAGCAAAACAAUUGUAAAUAUUUUACCUAAUUCUGAAAGAUUCAGCACACCCUUUUGCGUCAUGUUUCAAAAAAAAUAUUGAUACAAUUCAACGUUACCUGUUUAUCUUUUUGUCCUUUAAUGACCUAUGAAUAUGUCCACCAGUUUAACUUAAUUAGCUGCAAAUGGCGCUCAUCGUGUCAAGAUAUUAAAUUUUGAUACAUUUUAAUUCAUGAAAAGAAACAACAACAAUAGCAGUAGCUUUAUAAAAACAUAUAUCAUGACGUAUUACAAGAACCAUGAGUUUGACCGAGAACGCCACUAUUGGAUAAUCGAUUCUUCAAGCAGUUAGCUCGACCAGUUAGUUCAAGCCAUGUUCUAUUCUAUACGCCACUCCAAUAUUUCCCAUAAUGCACCUUAUUUGUUCCCCAAAAUUCCGCAUAAGCGUUGUUUUCAAUUUCUCUUGGGGCGGCUGUAAUACCCAGGAGAAAUGAAAAACAAAGGUUAUACAAAAUUUUGGGGGGCAAAUAAGGUGCAUCAUGGGGAAUACGGAAUUGGUGUAAUGGCCAUUUUUUGCUCAUUUUAUGUUAUUUUUUCUCUUCCAAUUUUCCCGUUUCUUCACCUUUCUUUCAGUUAACUUUGCACUGCUCAAAGUGCUGGACACCUUCUUUGCCGAGUUUAAUCCUUUCUUCAGCGUCUUGCAAGCCUUAUUUGCUUGCAAUUAUGUUGUUUAGAACCCUGAGAACGCCGUCUUAAAAAACUUUUUACUCUUAAACAUGGAGAUAAAUGUAUUUUAUAUAUCCUUCGCUUUUUUGUUGCGCACUGUAAAUUCAUUGCAUCUCUCUUGAAUGUUCCUCUUGCUUAAAUUACAUUUUUAAGUUCAUGUUUUCGGCUGUAGCCAAAAAUAUAUAUAUUUAAUAACUUUAACUGCUUGUCCAUGUCUCAACAUCGUAAAUAUGUCUUGUUCGCCCCCCUCACAUGCAUUUCUGCCGUUUAAAUAGUACCCCCAGCAGACCAGCCACUUUCUUCCUUAAAAUAACUGGGGUUAAGAGCGACUUUCUGUAAAUACCACGGAUAGGUGUGCAAGAUGGAAAAAUCGAAAUCCUCCAAACUUUGUCACAACAAAGCCCUUCGGAAACUAUUUUAGAAAAUACAAAACUCAGUUCGUUUGACUUAAUAUUUUCCAAAAUAAUAAUUUUUUUUAAUUUUCACGUUCGAGAGGCCUUCAAACCACCGAAAAAUGUGCUUGAUACCCUCGCUUCGUGAAUGGAAACGGAAACGAACACCAUAACUUUUCUUACAUUAAACAAUUUUAUGAUCCUUCCUUUCUACCUAAACGUCGUUACAAUUUCAAAAGAUUUCAAUCUGAUUUUUUAAUAUUUUUUCAAAAUUACCUUCUAAAUCAGCAUUAUCGCGACCAUCAAUUUUGCCAUUUUUCAACGGCGAAAAUCCCUUCCUGGUACAUGGCUUUCAUUAAAAAAAUGGUAUUCUAGAGAAAGAGCAAUGUUUCCCCUAUCAAUCUGUGAAAUAAAAUUCUGGGGCAAUUGAAACUGCGAGUUUUUACAACUGAAAACAUUUACGGUACUCGCGUGAUUUACGACCUCUGAACUUGCAGUUGUCGUGAUGAAUACAAGCGAGAACCAAGACAGCACUUGAAACUCUGACGCAAAUUAGCCCCUUUUCCGCCAGUUUAAACACCAAAAACGAUUUUAGAUUUCACAGUGGUAAAUUUUCAAAAGGAAAAGCAAUUUUAUUGUGCGAAAGUGUGCUAUGAACUUCUAGACUACAAACACUUCCCUUACGUGCGUAUUUGUUUACUUUUGCCGUACACAUAUGUACGAAAUGGCUAAUAGUGUCGGUAGCUAUUCUUUCAAAUGCUCUCAUUUCUCAUGAACCAAAUCGUUAUAGCUAUAAAAAAAGGAAAACAUUUUGACCUACCUCACAUUAUUUGACAACAGACCCGAAUCCUUUACUGCCUUUAGCGAAACGAGAUUGCGUGACAAAGAACUUUGAGACCCAGGUUAUACCGCGCAGACAGAUACCAUUCCGAAAAAGAAACUCACGCGGCACCUUCUGUAGCUAUAAAAGCGAAACAUGUAAAAAAUCAAAAUCCUUAGUUUCGUUGACUUAUCUGCCAGAGCGACCCUGCAAACGUAACACUAAAAAAAGUGUUUUUUCGUCAAAAGACUAUAUAGGGGUGGGCCCUUAUACAGUGGAACCGCGAUAUAAAGAACCUACGAAUGAUUUUCUUUACCUCGAUAAUAGUAAAAUAUGCCGUAAAACCUAUAUUAAAGCCCCCUGUCAAAUAACCCCCCCCCCUCUGAUUAGCCCCCCCCCUCCCGCUUCUAUCAAGCACCCGCUUCCCACCCGUAAUUAUUCUUCACUAAUAAAUGAAAGACUGUAUUAAUCAAUCACGACCGUAAAGGCUUCGUGUGGACUGAUCCGGGAUGGUUUAUUUACCAACGGGAAGUUCGGAUUUGAUAAUGAUUUUCGACUGCAUGACCUAAAACUUCCUGUACUUGAGCUUUUCCACUUUGUAGGCUUUAUGGAGAAGCGAUACCAUCUUAGUUUCUAAAUUAAACAUAUUAAGCCCCCCGUCUCUAUUAAGCCCCUCCCCCUCAAAUAAGCUUGAAAUAAUAAGCCCCCGGGGGAGCUUAAUCGAGGAUUUACGGUAUGAAAAAAAAACCUCGAUAUAACGAAACCUCGUUAUAGCGAGCAAAUUUCAGGGGCACUUAACGACUCUUUUCUGUAAAAUAUAUCAUGGGAGAAGUAGAUAUUGCCUAGAAUUUUCUAUAGCUUGAGGACGCCUAAAAAUUUCUAGACGACCGUUCCGUUCCUGUUCAAUUUUCGAAGGUUAUCUUAUAAAUUCCCUACGAUUUUCUGAAGUUUAAUUUUUCAAAUUUUACAUCCCAGGUUAGGCUAAUUUUUCAUAGAAAAGAGGAAGCCUAAAAUGGUCGGAUUCAAACAUGUGAUUGAGAGAGGAAUCAGAAAAAUUCUCACUUUCGUGAUACGUUAAAUUGCAUCUAAAAUUUUUGGGAAAAUAAUAUUGAAGCCCUUGUAAUUUCAAAAAUGCUCAAUGCAAGUUUCCCUAGGAUGACCGAACAGGAACAAAUUUUACAAGCCGCUUAGAAUGCAUUUCUAGAGAUCUAAAAGUACUCUGGGUGCACCAUUGAAAAAUGUUUUCAAUGAAUUUAGAAGGAAACCGUCGUUGAGUGGCUCAGAAAUUUUUUUAGGCCCUUGGCCCUUCGUUAAAUCCAGGUUCCACCGUAGUCUUUUGUUUUCAUCACGCUCGUUUUAAAAUACGAUUAUGAAUUUCUUACUUGUAUUCUUAGGAAAAAGCACUAAGUCGUAGUCUAAAAUGUCAUCCAUCCCUUCCCUCCACCCCCUAAGGGGCCACAGAAGGUUUCGGGGUGGGGCGAAGGCACGCAUAACAUUUCAGACUAGACAUGGCGGGGCUAAAAAUCCUGCAUAACCUUAUAGCACCUCUUGUGUUUAAAUUUUCUGUAGUUCUGGCAAACUCGAACAAGUUUUGCAUUUCUGAGGAACGUUUUGCCAAAAUAUAGGUUAUGGCACAUGUCAAGCCAGAAAAAGUGAGCAGCUUGAUAGAAAAUGUCAAGUACGACUGAACAACGCCCGUAAAAGCGCCCCUAAUGACUUGGGCGGGAGGGGGAGGCUGGGUGGGGAGGGGAAACUCUGAAAUUGAGCAAAGAGGACCUAACUCUAAGCACACCGCCUGCUUUUUAGUUGUCCGUUUCCCUUGGCAAUAAAUUUUACCCACAGUGUCGAGCAACUCUUUAAAGGAGAUUGCAAGCCCUUAUAUUUGGGCCCGUCAGGAACGCUCAGCGGUGAAACCAAAGAUCGCGCCCUCAAAAAACUUAUUUUAACUUACUGAAAGCUGUUUUUUCUUGACCUAUUUAACUUAUCGUUAGGAAAGAAGAAAAGGAAUCUCAUAAUUAGCGUAUGUAUAAAACUAUCAAGAAAUCUCGAAAUUCUGGGUUUUCUAAGAGAACAAAUACUUUCGAAAAAUUUAGGAGAAAGUCCGUGGACUGGUAAUAACUCGCUAUCAAUUAUCCCGAAGAUAUCCGAAUAUCUCACUUUUCAAGCCCACGUUAAUUCGCUUCAUUUUUGAGGGGAGCCAACAUUAGCCGCGCCACUGUUAUUUUUUUGCGCCUGGGUAUCUCACGUUAUGCUUACGCGUAUCCGCAAGUGUGUCUUACAUCCUACGCUUACGUAAAGGUUAUACGUGGGCUACGUGUGUAAGACUGUUCCUUUUCAGAUUUUCAAUAGCAAUGCAAAAAACAAUAGCUUUUAGUUAGUGCGAACGGCCUUUCCUUCUCUUUUAUUUUCGUUUCCUUUUUUUCUCAAAAAACGCAGUUUUUUUUUCAAGGUGCGAGGGGCGCGAUCAUUGGUUUCACCGCUCCAGCGUUCCAGACGGACGCAACUAUACGGCUUGCAAUCUUCUUUAAAGAGUUGCUCAAAAAUAUGAGCGAAAUUUAUCUCCAAGGCAGACUCACAGCUAAAGCGCAGACGGUAUGGUUAGACCUAGGUCCCCUUCGCUCCAUUUCAAAAUUCCCCCCCUCCCCCUGCCAGAAUCAUUAGGGGCGCUUAUACGGGCGCGGUUCAGUCGUACUUGACAUUUUCUAUCAAACUGCUCACUUUUUUCUGGCUUGACAUAAGCCUAUAUUUUUCCCAAACGUUGCUCAGAAAUGCAAAACUUGCUCGAGGUUGCCAGAACUACUGAAAGCUUUGCUUUUAACACCAGAGGUGCUCUAAAAUUAUGCAGGUUUUCUAGCCCCGCUAUGUCCAGUUUGAAAUGUUCUGCGUUUCUUCGCCCCACCCCGAAACGGGCUGCCGCCCCUUAGGGGGUGGAGGGAAGGGACGGAUGGCAUUUAAGACUAGGAAUUAGCAGUUUUUUCCCCCUAAAUGUCAUUUUUCUAAGGAUACAAGUAAGGAAUUCAUAAUCGUAUUUCAAAAUGUGUAAGCAGGCGUUUAUGGAGUAACAGAAUAUAUAAGGGCCAACCACUUCAUAGUCUGUUGUGGAAAAUAUGUUUUUUCAGUCUUACGUUUUCAUAAUCGCUCUAGCGGAUAAGUCAGUGAAACUAAGGAUUUUGAUUAUUUACAUGUGUUGCUUUUAUAGUUAAAGAAGGCACCGCGUGAAUGUCUUUUUCGGAAUGGUAUCUGUCUUCAACGGACCGUCUUCAACCUGGGUCUCAAAGUCCUUUGUCACGCAAUCUCAUUUCGUUAAAGGCAGUAAAGGAUUCGGUUCUGUUGUCAAAUAAUGUGAGGUAGGUCAAAACGUUUUCCUUUUUUAUAGCUAUAACGAUUUGGUUCAUGAGAAAUGAGAGCAUUUUAAAGAAUAGCUACCGACAAUAAAGCCGUUUUGUAGAUAUAUGAUAACUGUUACAGAUACGGCAAAAGUAAACAAAUACGCACGUAAGGGAUGUGUUGUAGUCAAAAAGUUCAUAGCACACUUUCGCACAAUAAAAUUGCUUUUCGUUUUGAAAAUUUACCACUGUGAAACCUAAAAUCGUUUUUGGUGUUUAAACGGGCGGAAAAGGGGCUAAUUUGCGCCAGAGUUUCAAGUGCUGUCUAAGUUCUCCCUUGUAUUCAUCAAUACAACUGCAAGUUCAGAGGUCGUAAAUCACGCGAGUACCGUAAAUGUUUUCCGUUGUAAAAACUCGCAGUUUCAAUUGCCCCAGAAUUUUAUUUCACAGAUUGAUAGGGGAAACAUUGCUCUUUCUCUGCAAUACCUUUUUUCUAAUGAAAGCCAUGUACCAGGAAGGGAUUUUCGCCGUUGAAAAAUGGGAAAAUUGAUGGUCGCGAUAAUGCUGAUUUAGAGGGUAAUUUUGAAAAAAUAUUAAUAAAUCAGAUUGAAAUCUUUUGAAAUUGUAACGACGUUUAGGUAGAAAGGAAUGAUCAUAACAUUGUUUAAUGUAAGAAAAGUUAUGGUAUUAGUUUCCGUUUCCAUUCACGAAGCGAGGGUAUCAAGCACAUUUUUCGGUGGUUUGAAGGCCUCUCGAUGGUGAAAAUUAAAAAAAAUUAUUAUUUUGGAAAAUAUUGAGUCAAACGAACUGAGUCUUGUAUUUUCUAAAAUAGUUUCCAAAGGGCUCUGUUGGGACAAAGUUUGGGGGAUUUCGAUUUUUCCAUCUUGCACACCUAUCCGUGGUAUUUACAGAAAGUCGCUCUUAAGUUUUUAGAUAUUAAUUGAAAUCUAAAUUGACUGACUGGAGGAAGCGACCAUUUUGGACAGAUUCGUGGAUCCUGUUUGUGAGGAACUAACUGUCAUUUUAGCAACUACAGAACAGAGAAACACAAGACAAUAAAGGCAUUGAACAAAAGUGGCUCGGUGGCUCGUUAGUCACAGAUUGACUAGCUAGUGUUUAAAAAAAUAGAAAGAUAUAAGACAUAUAAGUAUAAGAUAGACAUAAAAAGGAAGUAAAAGUAUAAAAUUAGAAGGGCAAGUUAAGGUAUGUAUAUAUUUUCUUGGCUCAGUCGGGUUCGAUGGCUCGUCAAUCGGGGUUAGCGUCUCAAGAAGGUGAAAGGUAUAUAGUUUAGUGGCUCGGCGGCUCGGUGGCUCGUCAGUCGGGACUACCGAGCUACCGAACCGCCCCAACGAAUAUACCCAAAAAAUUUGCUCUGUAUUCUGUAGUUAAGCCGACCUGAGAUCACGGAAUGUGGGUUCUAUGUAUUUUAGGCCAAAAACGCAAUAAAGAUAGUCCUAUUGAAUAAUUGAAACAUUUUUGGGGGGAGAAAAGCCUUUCUAAAGAAUAUAAUACUAGGGUUCAGUCAGUUAAGCCUUGUAUUGAAGAUAAUCUUCGAACUCGCUAGAUGUAUACGUGCUAAGCAACAAUUUUUAGACAGUGAAACUGUGAAAGGUUUGAACCCAGGAGUCAUUUCAAAAGUAUGUUGAGUUUGAUCGUCCGGGUGAACGUAGUCCUGAGUAGGACUGUUGUUGUUGACAGUGAUUGACGUUUCGACAACCUGUGCGGUAGUCAUCUUCAGAGUCAUUUUGCAUGACACCUACAUUUGUCACGAAGGCAAAAGCCCAGGGGAGCACUCAAAGAAGUUUAAUAAGGGGAGGCACCUCCUCGAAGUCCAACCUGUCACCCUUUUAUAAUAGCAAUAGUUCUCGCUACAUCUGCUCCCGCCUUAGAUAUGACGUUUAUCCUAACGUUCAAUACUUUUAACUCUUUAUUUCUAUGCUCUUAGGCUUAAUCUUUUUUAAACUUCGCGAAAAACGAUAUAGUGUUAAGCACAGACAAUAGUGACUGGGGCAAAGCACUGACUCGAAAUGCUUAGCUUUCAUUUAAAGUUAGGUUUGUCACUAUAAACAUGUAAAACAAAUAACUUGCGGUCGAAUCCAUGGUGUAGUGGUAUAGGCGAUGGGUUUUCGGUUUCUAGUACAGCGAAUCCCGCUUAUGCCACAUGUCACAUUCAAUCUUCUUUUUUUAAAUUGAAAAAACAUAAUAAUACUUGAAGAGACUUAGACUUAGAAAAAUAUUAGAAGAGUAUAAAUUUGAAGAGAUUAGAAGUUUCAUGUAAGUGUAGCUAAGUGGGGAAGGUGGUUCUGGAGGAUGGAAUCCAAUGCUGACCGGUCACCGACGUUUUUCCAGAAUUUCCCAGCCAAUUCCUCCUUGCGCGCUUGCUGAACCAGAAUUACCCAAGACCGCCUACUGCGCGCACGCUGAAGAUUUAACCGGGACCACCUUGCGCGCCUAGUUUCUUCAAGUCGAGAAGAUUAACAGCGAAAAAACUGAUACUUUCCUAGGCGGGGGAAUCUAUGGUGCCUCCUCGGGUGAACCCUGCGGGGAAAAUAACAUUCUUGACAGAAAAGGUACCCCUUUCGUUUUGCCUUUAUUGAAAAAUAGUACCUAAAAGGAUUGUAUAGUUUGAUUUUUAAAAAUCUCAUUUCCAUCAUCUUUAAGUCAUUCCGCGCACUCCCUUUCGCGUUACACACAGUUAUGACCUGCAUUAUGGAGCAUGGCAAUUUUUACUGAUACCGAAAACUAAGCUCACAUCACGGCUAAAAAUACCGGCAUUAUUUGCAUAAAUAAACAUUUAACAAUAUGUCUCAUUACUGACCGCAAUGAUCAUUUCAUAAAACGGGCAAAUAAUGGUUGGAAAUGGAACCAUGAAAUUACAGUGACUGUUUGCGUUAAAAGGAUCGUGUAAUUAAAAACGUAUUCAUAUACAUUUCACAGCACAAAAAUUACAUCAAUCAAAUAGAACAGUUCCAUAGGCAUUAACAAUGACUAAUCGUCGAUAACUUAAAAACAUUCAUGCUCUAAAACCUGCCAGUCGAAGUCGCUCAUUUAUACAUUGCAGACCUUACGCAUGCAGUAAUUGCAAGUAGAACUUCUUUGUUGAAAUUAUACAGUUCUUUUAAACUUUCGCUAGCCUGCGUAGCAUGGCGGUUUUGGAUUGGCGAGCAAAGUAAGAAAGGCGGGCGAGGGCAGAGAAACCGCGAGGAGAUUGGGGCGAUAUCAACUUGAAAACCAACUUAGUGCCAUCUCGUCUAAGUUAUCGCUGUGAACGUGCUAUAAUGUAUUUUGACACCUUAAAAAAAAACAACAGCACUAUUCGCUUGCAAGUAAAAUUUCAUGCGACAGUUGAACCUCAAGGUUAAUUACCUACGAUGCAAGCAGGGGUUAGGGCAUGGAAUCGAAGAUUAUUAAUAAUGUCAUUUUAGUUUACUUGGAUCGUCAUACAGUGGAUGUCGUGUCCUUGAUCUUGUUGAAACACAGCAAAUAUUCAAACCUUAAUAAACUGGCUAUGUGUUAGAUUCCACAUAGCCACUGUUCUUUUAUCCAUCACUUUCUUAUUCUUUGCGAAAAAUUAAGGCAAUGAGUAAUUAAAAGUUUGUUGCUGCAAACAGUUGAUGAAAUAGUGGUCGUUGUCGAUGUCCGCUGUCCGCGUUGACGGAUAUUCGUCUCUUGACUAGGUUGAAUUCAGAAACAAAUUAUAAGAUAGAGUUUUCUGUGGAAUCAAAGAAAACUCUACGUAGUUAUGGAGUGUCCGUAAAGCGGGUUUGACUUUAAUUCUCUCCUGACCAACAGUUUUGGUUCUUUUUGCUUCUUUUAUAACAGGUGAAAUCAUCUUGGUGAUUAUAGUAUCUGCUUACAUUUCCACAUGGCACUUAGAACUGUCUUCAACUUUUUUUACCAUUAAAGUUUUAUGCCAAAGCGUUGUUCCCAUUUUCUUUUCAGCUUGAUAAUUGGCAAGUAAUAUCACUUUUUUGGUUGACGGCUUUCUUAAAUGCAGCAGUUUACUCCCACGCUCCAUAGCAGGAGAGCGUAUCAAUAUUAUUAUAUUGUGGUAAAUGUAUGCGAAAACACUAUCAGCUUGAUAUGUUUAACCGUCUUUAAGAACACGAACCAAAGAGCCAUGUAGCGGUAAGGCAUUUCCGCCUUGAGAUACAAUGAAGAGUAUCGCCGCAUUGGUGUUUAUUCUAAUGUUGCUUUUAGCUGAUUGCAAAAAUGAAGCUGAGGAAGGAGACAUAAUGGGCUGUAGAGACUUCUGCUGUAAAAACGCCAGCAACAUAACCCUGACUGAAGCUUUCAACAAAUGCUGUAAGGAGGCUGAAGAAUGCCUUUGGCCAAAUAAGUUUUACACAUUACCCUGCAGGUUGCAGAUAAUGGAUUCGUUCGUAGGAAACCAAGCAAAUAUCAGCGCAAUAAAACAAAUACGAACUGAAUGUUGUACAAACUUUUCCUGCCCAGAAAACAAUUCUAUAACACCAAGAACAAAUUGUACAAAACGAUUCAAAAUAAACGUCAAAUGGGAAAAAGUGAAUUUUGAAGCGAAGUACGAUCUAGUCGAAAGGAAAUGGAAAAAAGAAAAGUGGUCAUUUCUCCUGAAAAUGGUGUCACAAAAGUGCUUAGAAACAUCAAAUGUCAGAAGGCGUCCGGAUGAAAUUACGUAUACAUACCCCUACUACACCGCUAACGAUAGAGAAAGGACUGUGCUUAGAUAUGAGUCUCCACCUGCAUAUUUGGUAGACGAAAAAGAAUCUUUCACCAUGUUUACGGUAGUAAGUUCCUCUUUUAACCGAAUGUGGGCAACACUGUUGCUAUGUGUCAUCUGGAGUUUGAUAUCAGGAGUUAUUAUAUGGAUACUGGUGAGUAAAUAUAUCGCUUUCGUAUAUUUAAUGUAGCUUUUUAUUUGUGCGGCAUGCAGUAAGUGCGAUGUUCGAUGCGCGCGACUAACUGAUUGAAGGAGCUGAAAGAGAGCCGAUACUAGUUAAAAGGAAGUGCUCUUAGGCGAGACUAACGCUACGACAAGUACUAUGUAAAACCGCUUAAACAGUGAAGGUCAGCAGGUGAAGUUGGAGUUAACAUUUUAGGAAAUACAGUGUCUUGUUCUGUUCAUAUCUAUAAAAGCACUCAGACAUUUUGCGUAAUAUUUUAAAGCUCGCUGUGUAUUAUUUUAAAGCUCGUCGGUUGAAGAAAUCUUCUAACAGAAAACGGCUGAAAAAUUACACUAAAACGUACAUUGUGAGCUGCCUUUUUAGCAUGUUCCAGCUGUCGGUAUUGUCUUUAAGGCGGGUAGGGGGAUGGAUGAAUAGAUGAUAUUUUUUCCGCUUUUUACAAGUUGCUCGAGCCUCCUCACUUCAAUAAUUUUCUAAGAUUUUUAGACACAUAUUGACGAAAAGCGAUAGCCUGUUCUAUGAAAUUAGAUGCUAUAAGGGGCAUAAGGUUAAGCUGUUAUUAAGCAAAAAAAAAAAAAAAAAAAAAACGAAAAGGUAUGAAUGUUUCAAAAUAUCUUGUACUAAAGUGUAGUUAGUUCAUUAUUUUAGCACCUUAAAGAUACAUCUAAAUUUUUUUGUUAGAUCCAAAAUAGUAUCAAAGGUACCUAGCAACGCCAUCUACCUUAGUGAUUACAUCACCUUGAAGAGCUCAUUAGUUUCUUUAUAUUCUUUAAAAAGAAAUUUUCAUUGCCCUUAUUCAUUGUAUUUAAUUCAUAAUCAGGAUCAUAGAGCAAACCAGCGCCAGUUUCCCUCGUCUUUUUGGGAAGGAGUUCGUGAAGGAGCCUGGUGGGCAGUGGUCACAAUGACGACCGUUGGGUAAGUAGAAAGAGUACCGCCGCGUGAUAUGAGUAGGAAACCCCUUAUUUGUUAUCAAAAGUUUAUAAAUAAAAUUGCUCCAGUUGCGUUAAGCAAUUCAUACCCGCACUUAUGGCCCAUAGGAUCACCAUUCUUGUUUUUAGUUACCCCUAGAGCUCAUAAUAAUGCCGGUGGAUUCAUGGCAAGAACAGCGCUAGCCUUCCUGGAAAGGUCGAUGGAUAUAGGAGACAGAUUAAGUACGAUCUCAGUUCUGGCCCUCCACGUUGGGGUUUCAUCAUAUGGGUUAAAUACCAUGUUCUCUAAAGAGGCAAAUGUUGUAAACCGACAGCAAUUGUAAUGAAAAUCUGAAAGCUCAAAUGGGGAAGGUUGCCGUGUAGGAAAAAAAAAAAGAAAGUCCGCAAAACUAAGGUCCAUCAUAUAAUGGCGGUUAUUGAGGACUAUGGUAGCAGUGGCAGAUCCAGGGGAGGGGCCCGGUCCCCCCCCCCCCCCAUUUUUAGACCAAACUGAGGACCGAAGGGCCGAGAAAAUUUUUUUUUUGCGACCGCCCCCUUAUCUCAGGGUCUGGAUGACCGUGUCCCCCCCCUUAUCUCGGGGUCUGGAUGACCGCCCCCCCCUUAUCUCAGGGUCUGGAUGACCGUCCCUCCCCCCCUUAUCUCGGGGUCUGGAUGACCACCCCCCCCUUAUCUCGGGGUCUGGAUGACCGUCCCGCCACCCCUUAUCUGAAGGUCUGGAUCCGCCACUGGGCAGAGGCGGAGGUGAAGUAACACAAGCGACCAAAGAGAUGACGACAUAUCAGACCAUUUAGUGUUAGGAGUGAGUGAAACUAGAUGGACGUUUACAGGAUCGAUGAGGCUGCUAAGAUGACGAGGCAUGUAAAGGUGGAAUGGCCAAAAUGAUCAGCACGAGGGUCAAGUAAGCGUUGAUGGAAUGGAUACUAAUCAAUCAGAAGAAUGGUGAAGGCACGGUUCUAUUCGAAAUAAACAACGCUGCCUGUGAUACAAGCAUUGGCACUGGCGAUUAAAGCCAAACUAAAGGAUAACCAUUGCUGCAGGAUACUGAAGAUCCUCAACAAUCAAGACAUGAUCUCAGGGAUGGGAGCCCUAAACACCAAUUACGCUCAGGGAAGAUAACACAAUGUUGGAGUUAUGAAUAACAGCAGUGAGAGGCCAUGCGACCUAUGCAGUAUUGAUGGUCUAAUUAUAAGUAUCAUUGGAACGCUAUUCCUGCAACUAAACCUGCAAAAAGAGAUUCACCAGGUGGCCAUCUUUUAGUAAAUGGCUGCAUGAGAACAUCAACAAUGGGAGGGAGUAAUGAUGAUAGCGGUCAAAUGCAGUGACUACCUCCUGGUCAAAACUGAAAUGGAGAGAAGACGAAAGGGAGAAGUUUGAAGCAAGUAAGCUGCAGAGUGAGAAGAUCGCUAAGAGAUGAAAGUUGAGGUAAAGAAAAGACUGAGCGUUGAUAUAAUGGACUUCUGAUCGAACUGGUUCGGGCUCUUCCCAUUCAGCCCAAAAUCCCAAAUUUCGGUUAGAAACCAAAUGGAACGACCAUUUUGGUACAGUCCGACCGGAAUAUUUGGGACCACCUUUGAAGGUGCUCCAAUUUGACCGGUCAGCUGAUGAUGGUUUUAAUGUCGUUCACCACAGGGUCUUAAUCCAUAGUUCGGCUCAUGGCAGUCCACCGUAUUGGUUUCCGUUAAAUUCUCCCCACGUCCCGAAAAACUAUGAAAUAUUUCACAUGAUUUCCGUAAUUCUUUUGUAUAACAAACAGAUUUUGGCCAAAUUUCUCGAUCUUUCUGUCUGAUCUAUCACAUGCAAAAAACCAACGAUCACUUGCCUCGAACUUGCGGCGUUUUGCCUAGCUUUUGCGAAAGUGAUCUUUGACUCAAGAAAGCGCGUUUUUUUCUGGCGGGAACUACAUGGUUGCUCAGUGCCCUGAUUAAUAAC